UAAAAAAAUCAUUGUGCUAAAAUUGUUGGUGGAUAAAGCGACAACCCCUAAUAAUUUUCUCAACAAAUCCGCCCCGUAUCGGCCACAUAUAUCCCAUCUCAACCUCAUUGGUGAUAUCAACUGAUGUCUCAUGUGAGCUCGCCGCAGGGUAUCCAAAUCCCAAUUCUUUAUCUUCUGAUAACACUGCGCACCAACCAAAAAGCGACGGAACAUUGUACCACCAUGUGCACGUUAGAGAAGCGCGGCAACAUCUUCUUCUUGACUCUCACCGGCGACGAUGAGCAUCGCCUGAACCCGACCCUCAUCGGCUCGCUCCGAUCGGCUCUGCGCAAAGCACGUGAGCAAUCGACUCGCGGCUCGGCUCUCAUCACCACCGCUCACGGCAAGUUCUUCUCCAACGGUUUCGACCUCGCCUGGGCCCAAUCCGGCGGCUCCCCUUCCGCCGCCCGUGAUCGGUUCCAUCACAUGGUCGUUUUAUUCAGGCCGUUGGUGGCGGACUUGAUCUCCCUCCCGAUGCCGACGAUCGCCGCCGUGACGGGCCACGCCGCCGCCGCGGGGAUGUUGCUCGCGAUGAGCCACGACUACGUGCUCAUGAGGAGUGAUAGAGGUGUGCUGUAC